AUGGAUGAAGCUUUAUUAAAAUUGUUAGCAGAUCAGACACUUGCUCUGCAAGAAUUGACUAAAAUAGUUGUCGCUAACAAACUCGACGGUGAUGCAAUACAUGCUAAUAAUGCUCAACGAUCAAUGGAUUUAUUGGCAAACUCACUCACCGAUUACAUGCAUGAACCUCAAAGCAAAUUCACGUUCACAACAUGGUAUGAUCGACACGAGGACGUGUUUUUGGUUGAUGCGAAAAAUCUUGAUGAUGCAGCAAAAGUGCGACUGUUAUUGCGUAAGUUGGAUGAUAAAUCGCAUUCCACAUACGUGAAUUUCAUUUUACCGAAGAAAACGAGCCAGAAUUCGUUCGAGGAUACCGUCAAGAUUUUGAAGAAAAUGUUCGGCGAACCGGAAUCAUUGUUCAGCGUUCGAUACAACUGUAUGAAACUGGUUAAAAAAUCAUCUGACGAUUUUAUUGCUUUUGCCAGUAUAGUCAAUAAGGAAUGUGAACGCUUUGAAUUUGCGAAUUUGACAUCGGACCAAUUUAAAUGUUUGAUUUUUAUAUGUGGCCUGACUUCAUGUGAAAAAGAGUUUCGCACACGUUUGUUAAUGAAAGUCGAGUCGGAGGCAGCGUUGACCUUGGACACAUUGACCGUUGAAUGUAAGCGAUUAAUGGAUCUCAAAUCGAAUGCAGAAUUGAUCGUGAAAAAUACACCGAGUUCAUCCGCGCCGCAAGUCAAGCAGAUUUUUGAUAAAAACAAAAAGAAAUCGGCCAAGCCGGUGGAACAAUCCAAUUCACACCGAAUCAACAAUCAAAAUUCAACGAAAAAAGUUCCGUAUCGUCCGUGUUGGCUUUGUGGUGAAAAACAUUUCGUCAAGGAAUGCACGUAUACAAAACAUCUUUGCCGUGAUUGUAACAAGACGGGACACAAAGAAGGAUUUUGUAAUUCUGCCCAACCGAAAAAGCAGAAUUCAAGUCAAACAAAUUCUUCGGAUAAACGCACCAAAGUGAUUGCUGUUUCGAAAGUGGAUUUUGCUGCGAAGAGAAAAUUCAUUGUUAUCCACAUCAAUGGAACACCGAUACGUCUACAAGUGGAUACAGCAUCUGACGUCACCAUUAUUUCACGUGACAACUAUGUGCUAUUGGGUCAACCACCAGCGGUUGAAUGUAUCGAAUAUGCUCAAAAUGCAUCUGGUGAUCCUCUGUCGUUACAACUCGAGUUCGAUUGCAAAAUUUCCUUUAACAACGUUGAUACAGCCGGCGUAUGUUAUGUGACAGAUGUACCUGACUUGAACGUUAUUGGUAACGAUUGGCUAGAUUUGUUUGGAUUAUUCGACGUUCCGUUGAAUGCUGUUUGCAGUCAAAUAACCAAGACAUCAAAUCCUGUCAAUACACACGACUUUAUGGUGAACUUCAAGCAAAGAUUUUCAUCAGUGUUCAGUUCGACUCUGGGCAAAUGCACUAAAACCCAAGUCACAUUACGUCUCAAACCUGAGGCACAACCAGUUUUCCGUCCGAAACGUCCAGUUGCAUAUGCUGCUGUUCCAAUAGUUGACGCCGAACUGGAUCGUUUGCAAGAAAUGGAUGUUCUUAGUCCCAUUUCGUAUUCCGAAUGGGCUGCUCCAAUUGUUACAACCAAGAAACCUAAUGGAUCCAUACGUUUAUGCGCCGAUUUUGCUACUGGUCUGAACGAUGCAUUGGAAACGUACCAUUAUCCAUUACCAACGCCGGAUUCGAUUUUUGCUACAUUGAAUGGCGGAAAGUAUUACUCAAAAAUCGAUUUUGCUGAUGCUUACUUCCAGUUAGUGGUGGACGAGUCAUCCAAGAAAUAUAUCACCAUAAAUACGCAUCGUGGUCUAUUUCAAUUCAAUCGUUUACCGUUUGGAGUUAAAGUCGCUUCUGCGGUUUUUCAACAAAUCAUUGACGCGAUGAUUGCGGGUUUGGACCGAACUUGUGGAUAUCAGGACGAUAUCACCGUAAAUGGACGUACGAUCGAGGAACACAACCGAAAUUUGAUUGCAUUGUUCGAACGAAUCAAAGAGUGGGGUUUCAACAUACGCCAUCACAAGUGUAAGUUCAUGAUGACAGAAAUUGAAUUUCUUGGUUUCAUUAUAGAUGAACACGGUCGUCGACCGAAUACAGCCAAAGUUCAAGCUAUUGUUGAUAUGCCUGAGCCACAUGAUGUUACAACAGUCAAAUCGUUCUUGGGAAUGAUAAAUUAUUACUCCAAGUUCGUCAAAGAGAUGAAAGAUCUACGUUUUCCAUUGGAUCGUUUGCUAUGCAAGGACGUAAAAUUUGAAUGGACUGACGAGUGUCGCGAAGCUUUCAAUAAAGCGAAGGAAAUUUUAUUAUCCGAUUUGCUGUUGGCUCAUUAUGAUCCCAAUGUGCCGAUUAGAGUUGCAGCUGAUGCAUCGAUUCAUGGGCUUGGUGCUGUUAUUUUUCAUCGAUAUGACGACGGUUCAGAGAAAGCUAUCGAACAUGCAUCACGAAGUCUUUCUCCUGCUGAGAAAAACUACGGUCAAAUCGAAAAGGAAGCGUUGUCAUUGGUAUUCGCUGUUCAGAAAUUCCACAAAAUGAUUUGGGGACGAAAAUUUGUCUUGGAAACCGACCACAAACCAUUGCUCGCUGUAUUUGGUGCAAAGAAGGGCAUUCCGGUCCAUUCAUCGAGCCGUCUACAGCGAUGGGCGAUUUCAUUGAUGUCAUACGAUUUCGUUGUUGAACAUAAGAACACCGAAAAUUUCGGACAUGCAGAUGCACUGUCUCGACUUAUUGCUAAUCAUCAAUCGCCAUUGGAACCGAUCAUCAUUUCAUCAAUUCGCAUUCUGGAGGAUUCAAUCAAUCGAAUUUUGGUCGAUGCAAUCCGUGUGCUACCUGUCACUGCUGAAAUGAUUGCACACGCAACGAAAAAUGACGAGUUACUUGCAUCCGUGAGUACAUAUUUGAAGUCGACUUGGCCUUCACAUAUUGACAAUGACGUACUGAAGAUAUUUUACAAUCGACGUGAAUCGUUAUGCGAAUUGGACGAUUGUUUGUUAUUCAAUGAUCGGGUUGUAAUUCCGUUAUCGUUACAGAAUGAAAUUUUACAACAACUUCACGUUGCUCAUCCUGGCAUUGUUCGAAUGAAAGCUUUAGCUCGCAGUUACGUAUACUGGCCAAACAUUGACAAAGACAUCACCGAAUAUGUGCAACGUUGUUCACGUUGUGCAAGUACAGCAAAAACACCGGUUAAGGCAACGUUAUCGUCAUGGCCCAAGUCAUCGCAUGUCUGGUCUCGUGUGCAUAUUGAUUUUGCUGGAGAGUUUCAAGGACACUACUAUUUUGUCAUCGUCGAUUCCUAUUCCAAGUGGCCAGAAAUUUUCAUUAUCCAACAUCUCCCCCCAUUAACAACAUUACAUCUGCUGCAGCGAUUUCUAAAUUACAAGAACUUAACGCACGUUUUGGAAAUAUGUCGAUUCUUGUUUCCGAUAAUGGUCCUGCGUUCAUCUCUGUUGAAUUCGACGAAUUUUUCAAAUGGUCAGGCCGAACGAUUUGUCGAUACAUUCAAGCGGGCACUCAAAAAAGCAAAAGGGGAGGAACGUGUACCUGACGUUCUACAGACAUUUCUUCAGCGUUAUCGGAUGACGCCAAACGCUCAAUUACCGAACAAUUGCAGUCCAGCCGAAGUUAUGUUUGGACGAAAAAUGAAUUCAGUUCUAGAUUUGGUGAAACCGAGAUUGAAAUUUGAUGUUAUUCGUGAUGUCAAAAUGGAAGACCAAUUCAACACUAAACAUGGAGCAAAGCAUCGAAUUUUCUAUCCGAAUCAGAAAAUUUAUGUACGAGAUUUCCGUGAGAGGAAAAUUGUAUGGUCACCAGCCGUGAUCAUCGAACGAGUCGGCAAUGUGGUAUACAACGUUGAAUGCGAUGGAAUCAUAUGGCGUCGUCAUGCAAAUCAAAUUCGUGUCCGAUACGAAUAUGAGGAUGAGCAGUCUGAUCCAGUGUUAAGUUUGUUGUACGAUGUAUUUGAAACGACACCAUUACCAGUCAUCAUUCAGCAACCUGAAGUAUCACAAAGUACACCACAGCCGAACGAAACAUUUUCAACCAUUCCAACAAUUCCAGCCCGACCACAACGUGACCGCCGUCAAGUUGUUCGUACCGAUUUUUCACGUUGCGUCAAGGGGAGAUAUUUGGAUCUUUAA